AUGUCCGCUGAUAACAACCAAGCUCCCUACUGGCCUCCACCACUCGGUCCAUCGUCAGUCUACCUCGAGGCACCGCCGGGGACCAUCAGCGGAGAGGAGCUUGCAAAGAUGGUUCCACCCAUGCCAACCAUUGACUGGGACGCCCCUUGUGAGCUCACGCCGUCGGACGACGAGAGCAUUGAGGGACCGUCACCCAAGAAAUCUCGCGCACGGACGACUAAGAAGCCAUCGACUAAAGUGCAAGCAUCGCAGAAAUCCCCACGGAAGCCGGACUCUACACGCGGAAGAACGCAGAAGCAGGAUGCGGCUUCUACACAGGCCAAGAAAGAGGCGAAGCAGAAGGGCACCAAGAAGGGAGGAGCUUGA